AUGAGAAAAACAAAAGCAAGAUUACUGUUCUAUUUUUGUACGACCAUAUGCUGUUUCUUUGUAAAUAUAUGCCAAAACAGUGACACAAAAAAUAAUAGUUCUAAUGAUUAUUACAAUACUUAUUUAUCCAAGAUCCAUUCGUUUAAGGCUCCUUUCAAUGUUGAAGAUUUAGAAAAUGGUUGGAAUGUUGAUUAUUCAAGCGUUAGUACUAAUAAACAUGUAGUUUUAAUUCCAAGCAUAUAUAACAGAAGAGGUGUUCUUUAUAAUAAGAACCCGAUAAAUUCGGAUAAUUUUAUUAUUGAAUUUAACUUUUUUAUGGAGAGGAAAUAUUACAAUGAAAAAAUUGAUGAGAAAUAUUAUAAAGAUGAAAAAAACGAUGUACAUGAAAUUGUAUAUAAAACCAAUUCUGAUGACAAUUUGAGUACUUCUAAUAAAUCAACUAAUAAAGAACAAAAACAAAUAAAACGAAAUGGAUUCGCUCUCUGGAUAUUAAAGGACCCCUUUGUUAUUAAAGAAGCUGGUAGUGGUGUGAAUCUCGUAUUAGAAGAAGAGGAAUAUAAUAUAUUUGGUUACAAAAGCCGUUUUAAUGGUAUAGGUAUAUUAUUUCAAUUAAAAAAAAGCACCAACAAAAAUAAUAACAAAAGUAAUAAUAAUAAUAAUAAUAAUAAUUAUAAUAAUUACUAUUAUAACGAUAUAUUAAACGUAUCCAUUAUCCUAAAUAAUGGAGAUAAAUCCAUAAAUUCAGACGAUUUUACCAUUUUUAAAAAUAUACCAAUUGAUAUGAUUAUGAUAAAUAAUUUAAUACACACCAAAAUAAUUUGUAAUAAAAAGGAAAUCAUCAUAGCGUUUUAUUAUCCCAAAAGUAAUAAUUAUAUUAAUACAUUAAUUAUGAAAAACAAUAUAUCGAGAGAGAAUUAUAUAGCUUUUACAUCAUUCAAUUAUAAAGAAGAUUAUAAUAAAAGUACUGAUUAUAAUGAUGUUAACAAAAAAUAUUACGAAAAUCAAAAUGUGUAUAUUCCUACAUUUGUUGGAAUAAAACAAGUAUUAACAUUUAAUUUGAACAAUAAUAAUAAUAAUAAUAAUAAUAUAAAUGAUGCGAACAUAAAUAAUAAUAAUUACAAUAAUAAUUACAAUAAUAAUGAUAAGAAAAUAAAUUAUGAUGAGAAUUAUAAUAAAGAUAUCUCAGCUAACGAUAUCAAUGCAUCAUUUAAUGAUGUAUUAAAUAAUAUAAAUCCAGAAAAAAAUACAAUUAAUCAAACAGUAGAUGUAUUAAAUUCUAUAACAAAAUUAUUACAAAAAUUUAUGAACCAUCAAAUAAAUAGCGAGAAAAAAUUAUUACAAAAUAUUAAUAUCCUAAAUGAAAAAUUACAAUUUGUACAAACAGAAUUAAAAGUUAUUAAAAAGAAUUUAACAAAUCAAACAGAAGAACCCAAAAAUUUACAAAAAAUGUUUUCCACAGAAUUAACUGGUCUUAAAAACCUAUUCCACACACAUACACAACAUCAUAAAAAAAACAUUGAAGAUAUUACAAAUAAAUUAACCAAAAAAAUUGAAAGAAAUAAUGAAUUAAAAUUAUUAACCGAAAAAGCUCAAAAAUUAGAACAAAUUAUUAACAAGGGAAAUUACACAACUUAUGUUUUCUGCUUAGCCUUUGCUUUAUUAAUUAUUUUUACUUUAAUGCUUAUAUAUAAAAAAAUACGGGAUGUGGAAAAAAAACACAUCCUAUAA